AUGACCCUCGCUGAUGUCGAGGCUUUGGUCCCUGCACUCAUCGGUAGGCAUAAGAUUAUGGACCAGCUGGUCGUGAACAUUGGCUACUUCAAUGCUAGAGGCUUGAUACCGUCUUCUGACCUCGAGCACAUGCUUAUCCAUAUCCUCGCUGUAGGUGACGAACAGCAUUACCUAUACGAAACAACACAAGCCCGGAUUGAACUAGAACGCCUCCGCUAUCAACACUACGAGCGCAUACAGCGCCAAAACCGGAUAGAAGACAUAAAAGGUUUCAAGAAGACGGGAAAAAUUAGGAGCGAUGUUCAGCAUUCCAUUUUGUUCGACAUCGGCGGAGUUGUCGUCAUAAGCCCUUUCCAAGCCAUCCUCGAUUACGAAAUCGAGAAUAAGAUUCCGAAUGGCUACAUAAACUUCGCGAUCCAGAAAGGCCCUCACGACACCGGCGCCUGGCAGCUCAUCGAACGCGGCGAAGUUGAACUCAAUGACGAUUGGUUCGCGGCUUUUAAGAAGCAACUUAUGCGGCCGGAGGUAUGGUCACAAUAUCUCCAGAAGCUUGCGCAGCAAGAGAGCGUCGGUGGUGGACAAGCAAUCGAGGGUGGGAAGCCGCAGGUACCGGACAUCGACGCGAAAAAGCUAUUCUGGCGUAUGAUGAAGAUCAGCCGAGCACCAGACCCGUACAUGUAUCCUGCGCUGCGUAAGCUGGGAGAAAGCGGAAAGUUUGUCCUGGGCGCGUUCAGCAACAACGUUACCUUUCCCACGGGCAUUCUCGACGACGAAGGCAAGCUCUUCACCAAAGAGCUCAUCCACGCACCGGCGCCGAACCCUUACGCGAACGACUCCACAGAUAUCACGACGUGCUUUGACAUCUUCCUCGGCUCGGCGGCGGUUGGUGUCAGGAAACCGGAUCCAGAGGCAUACAAGCUGGCGGUACGGGAGAUGGAUAGGAUCGCGAGGAAGAAGGGCAUGGGAAGCGUCACGGAAGGUGACACUCUCUUCUUGGACGACAUCGGCAUAAAUCUGAAGUUUGCGAAGAAGACGGGACUAAGGACAAUCAAGGUGAAUCUGGGCAAGACGAAGGAUGCUGUGAAAGAGCUGGAAGAGGCUGUCGGUAUACCGUUGCUGGACGGGAAAGCUAAGCUAUGA